GGCGGCGGUGGCUCUACAAUUACCGUAGAGACGGGGCAAGUGGUGUUUGACUAAGUUCUUUUUUUAACUUAGUUUCCGAACAAAUUACUUCUCAUGCCGUACCACUCUUCACCUCCGCCGUUGUUUUAAUGAAGAAAGAGAAAACAAACAUAGAGAGAGAGAGAGAGAGAGAGAGAGAGAGAGUGUGUCUGUGUUGCUUUUUGGCUAUAUCCACUUGAGUUCUUUUUGGCGCUCCCGUCCCCUGUUGCCUAUACUUGUAGACUUAUAGUUUAUAGCCGCCCUUUCCUUUCCUUUCUUUUCAUUUCCUCCUAAAAAAAAAAUUCUACCCAUUUCAAGAUUCUCUCGUCGUGUUCGAUUCCGAACCAACAAACACAACUCUCUUAACGCACCCACUACUGCUACUAUUCUUUUUCUUUCUUUCUUUUUUAUUUUAUUUUCUUCUUAUAAAUGAUAAAUAAAUAACUGACCAUUUUAAUAACAGACUUCUUCACUCUUCUGGUUUCUCAGAGUUUUCUUUUUUCAACCCCAAAAUGUCUUCCCUCCUGCACUCAUCUGCCGUAAAGGGCGCGAAAGUGCUUAUGGUAGGAGCAGGUGGGAUUGGGUGUGAGCUACUGAAGACGCUAGCUCUUUCUGGCUUUGAAGAUAUUCAUAUUAUUGACAUGGACACAAUAGAAGUCAGUAACCUUAACAGACAGUUUUUGUUCCGGAAAUCACAUGUUGGGCAGUCAAAGGCCAAAGUUGCUCGAGAUGCUGUGCUAAGAUUUAAGCCUCACAUAAGAAUUACAUCAUACCAUGCAAAUGUGAAGGAUUCUGACUUCAAUGUGGACUUCUUUAAGCAAUUUAGCGCUGUUCUGAAUGGUUUAGACAACUUGGACGCAAGGCGCCAUGUGAACCGCCUUUGCCUGGCAGCUGAAGUUCCUUUGGUUGAAAGUGGGACAACUGGGUUCCUUGGACAGGUCACGGUGCAUGUGAAGGGGAAAACAGAGUGCUACGAGUGUCAGCCUAAACCUGCGCCAAAGUCCUAUCCUGUCUGUACAAUUACCAGUACUCCAUCCAAGUUUGUUCACUGUAUUGUUUGGGCAAAGGACCUGCUUUUUGCAAAGCUGUUUGGGGACAAGAAUCAGGAAAAUGAUUUAAAUGUGCGGUCUAGUGAUGCUUCUAACUCUUCAGAACAUGCAGAAGAUGUAUUUGAAAGAGGAAACAAUGAGGACAUUGAGCAAUAUGGAAGGAGAAUUUAUGAUCAUGUCUUUGGUUAUAACAUCGAGACAGCUUUGUCUAAUGAAGAGACUUGGAAAAACCGUAAUAGGCCAAGGCCUAUAUACAGUAGGGAUGUUCUUCCUGAUAGACCAAGUCAACAAAAUGGUAGUGUUGAUAAAGGCUCUGCUAGUCAUGAUCCUUCAUCAGUGUCUGCCAUGGCAUCUUUGGGUUUGAAGAAUCCACAGGAAAUAUGGAGUCUUACGGAAAAUUCAAGAGUUUUUUUUGAGGCUUUGAAGUUAUUUUUUGUCAGCAGAGAAAAGGAGAUUGGGAACCUGAGUUUUGAUAAAGAUGAUCAGUUAGCCGUAGAAAUUGUUACGGCUGCGGCAAAUAUUCGAGCUGCUUCAUUUGGGAUUCCUUUGCAUAGCCUUUUUGAAGCUAAAGGUAUUGCUGGAAAUAUUGUGCAUGCUGUUGCAACAACUAAUGCUAUUAUAGCUGGUUUAAUUGUCAUUGAAGCAAUCAAGGUGCUGGAAAAGGAUGCUGACAAUUACAGGAUGACAUAUUGUUUAGAACAUCCAUCUAGAAAGAUGCUUCUUAUGCCAGUGGAACCCUUUGAACCUAACAAGUCAUGCUGUGUUUGUUCUAAGUCACCAUUAUCACUGGAGAUAAAUAUUCAUCGUUCAAAGUUGAGGGAUUUUGUUGAAAAGAUUGUUAAAGCAAAACUGGGCAUGAAUUCUCCAUUAAUUAUGCAUGGGCCUACUCUUCUAUAUGAAGUUGGUGAUGAUCUUGAAGAAGAUAUGGUAGCUAAUUAUAAUGCUAACCUUGAAAAGGCGCUGUCUGAGCUUCCUUCUUCAGUUACUGGUGGGUCAAUGCUUACAGUAGAAGAUCUUCAACAGGAAUUUACUUGCAAUAUCUAUAUCAAGCAUAGAGAAGAAUUUGAUGAGGAGAAAGAACCUGAUGGAAUGGUUCUUUCUGGAUGGAUACAAGCUCCUCCCGAGAAGAAGGUUGAUAACAACUCCAUUGGGAACGGUGGGAGCACGUCUAACACAUUACCAACAGAGGCUCAACAGGAUAUUGAGAUUGAGCAAAUUUCAGAAGAAAUAAUAAUUUCUGAGAAGAAGAGAAAACGACCUGAGGUUUCAACAGACACUGCUGUGGAUGAAACUAAUAAUCAAAAUAAAGUCCAAAAGCUUGAUGUUGUUGAUGAUGACGAUGACCUUCUCAUGCUCGAUCAUUGGGAUACAAAAAGCAGUAAAAACCGGCUGCAAUAGGGUUAGCUUUAACUUUGUUAGGCUUCUUACAUCCUAAUUUUGUACCAUUAGGAAGAAAUGGUAAUUCUUUGGUGCUCAUAUUUGUUACUAAGUUGCUGCUUGUUAAUGUUUUGCUUCGAGUAGAUACUAGUAAUUGACGUCUCCAUACCGUCUGUGGUUUAUGAGUGUAGCUACAUUGUGUAUUCUUCCUGGCUUCGCUAAGAUUAACAGUCGGAUUUUGUAAUAUGUCAAAGUACUAAAUUAUGUUAGAAAUUGAUGCAAAGUGAGAUCACUGGUCAAACCAGGUGUUCGUAACAUUUGAAGCAACUCCGCAAAUAUUUUUCUGUACAUCCCUGGAUGGAGAUGACAUUAUUCAGGAGUAGUUAUUUGGUGUGUUUGCAGUA